ACUGAACAGAAGGCAGUAGCACCUCCCCUACCAGGCUCCAGCGACAUCAGGGCCUCAACUGCGAUCAGACUCCAUUGACAUCGACUGCUAUCAGCGGCAUCAGCCACUGCGAUCAGCGACUAGGGAGGGAUCUUCGACUGCGAUCAGCGACCAGGGUCCAGGGAUCUUCGACUGCGAUCAGCAACCAGCGACCAGGGAUCUUCGACCAGCGAACUCAGGCGAACCCAGCGAACCAGCGAACUCAGCGAACUCAUCUCCUCCCUUUAAGGAGAAAGAUGAAGCCGGUGGUGGGGAUGGUAGUGUCGAAUAAGAUGCAGAAGUCAGUGGUGGUGGCGGUGGACAGGCUCUUCCACCACAAGAUCUACAAUCGCUAUGUCAAGCGUACCUCCAAGUUCAUGGCCCACGAUGAACACAACCACUGCAACAUCGGCGACCGUGUUAGAUUGGAUCCUUCAAGGCCAUUGAGCAAGCACAAGCACUGGGUGGUAGCUGAGAUUCUGAAGAAAGCACGAAUCUACACACCCCCAUCGGUGGUAGCUAAAACUGAUUCAAGCAGCAACACAGAAGUACUGGCUUCUUCUCCCGCCUAAGGUCUAACAGACAUUUUGUGGAUUCCUAUCAUAUUGCUGACUAGUGACCUGCAUAUUAGUGGCCUGUUGCAAGGACUUUCCAUUUCAAGGAAAACGAUGUCAGACUUAAUUCCUUCCAAUUGAUGUAAUGUGGCAAGGACGGUGAUGCAAAUACUCUGCUGGACCUCAUUACUAUGUGUUUCAGUAAUCAUGAUGACCCUGAAAAGGGCUUUGUUACUCCAUUAACGAGUAAUGAGGCAAUAAUAGGUUUCAUAACCGAUUUACUUGGUAAUCAAACUAUGUGUUGAAGCAUUAUUACAGGACGAGAAAAGAGUUGUAAAGGUAUGCUGAAAGCUAUAUUAGUUAUAAAUGUGUUACGCCUUAUAUGUGCGUAUUUAUUGUUACAUGUGCCAUGCAUCA